AGAUUUUGCUUUAACCGCUAUAAUGAAGCAAAUCAGAUGAUCUGGUUAAAUAUAUAAGAUACAUGUUUUUUUUUAUAUAUUUUUAUAUAACAUAUAAAACAUACAAAAACACAACACAUUUAUUUUAUUUUUUUUAAUCCGCUCAUUUCCUUGAUUAUAUUUGCUAUUUGUUGUGAUUUUGUAUGUUUAUGUUGCCUCACAGUAUGAACAUAGAAUGAUUACAAUCAAAUUCAAACUAUUCCACCUGUUCACUGACACCGUCCGUUUUUCAGCUAUACUCGAGUGGCGGUCCUUUAUUGCUCGCCCAUUCUUUAUUAUUGUUUCUAUCACAUUGCAUUCAUUAUGUCUUCUGCAUUUCUUUCAUGCUUUAGAUAGUUCUCCUGGAGAAUCAGUCAUCAUGAACGGAAUUGACAACGGGAUCAACAGCCUGUGUGCCAUUUGUGGAGAUAGAGCUACGGGGAAGCAUUAUGGUGCAUCCAGCUGUGAUGGUUGCAAAGGAUUCUUCAGGCGAAGCAUCAGGAAAAACCAUGUUUAUUCCUGCAGGUUUAGCAGACAAUGCAUCAUUGACAAGGAUAAAAGAAACCAGUGCCGAUACUGCCGACUGAAAAAGUGUUUUCGAGCUGGAAUGAAAAAAGAAGCUGUUCAAAAUGAACGAGACCGGAUAAGUACAAGAAAAAAUGUGUUUGAUGGAAGCAGCAUCCCGUCCAUUAACACGUUGUCACAAGCUGAGGUUCUGUCUCGUCAGAUCACUACCUCAAGUUCUGCUACAAGUACUGACAUAAAUACAAAGAAAAUUGCUAGUGUUAGUGAUAUUUGUGAAUCCAUGAAGCAGCAACUGCUAGUCUUGGUGGAGUGGGCAAAAUACGUCCCCGCCUUCUGUGAGCUUCCUCUCGAUGAUCAGGUUGCUUUAUUGAGGGCACAUGCUGGAGAACAUCUUUUGCUUGGAAUAACAAAGCGUUCAAUGGUUUUCAAAGAUAUCUUACUCUUAGGCAAUAACUACGUGAUCCAUCGAAACUGCAGUGAGAUGGAGAUAAGCCGAGUGACUAACAGAAUUUUGGAUGAACUUAUCCAGCCAUUUCAGGACAUCCAGAUAGAUGAUAAUGAAUAUGCCUGCUUAAAAGCUAUUGUAUUUUUUGAUCCAGAUGCCAAAGGACUCAGUGACCCAAUGAAGAUUAAAAAUAUGCGCUAUCAAGUACAGAUUAGUUUAGAAGACUACAUUAAUGAUAGACAAUAUGAUUCUAGAGGACGAUUUGGGGAACUUCUGUUACUAUUGCCUACUCUUCAGAGUAUAACCUGGCAGAUGAUUGAACAAAUUCAAUUUGUAAAGUUGUUUGGAAUGGUUAAGGUUGACAAUCUUCUUCAGGAGAUGUUAUUAGGAGGUUCUUCAGCUGAGUCUAAUCACAUGCAUCAUCUGACACAUCCCCAUAUAUCUCAGGACCCUAUAGUGGGACAGACCUUGCUUGUAAGUUCCAUGUCUGCUUCUCUGCACACAGAACAGAUUGCUACUCCUGAGACACCCUUACCUUCCCCACCACAAGGCUCGGGACAAGAACAGUAUAAGAUAUCUACAAACCAUGCAACAGUGAUAACACAUCAGUCUAUUCUGAAACAAAAGCCUUGAUGUUAUUUAUUUGUGUAUGAUAAAAGAUAACCGGACAUUCAUGGACACUGCCAGUCUGA